GUAAGAAAUUUUGGGAGCGACCUGCAUUCUACAAUCCGUUGCUGGAUUAUCCUACCAUUGAUUCUAUAAUAAGUACGGAUCCGUAUACCAUACACUUAAGCAACUCAGAAUUGCGCAUCCAACAACGCUAUGGGCCGAGAUCUCCAGAAGCGCAAGAGGCGUUCCUCUCGCUCCAAAAUUCGCCAGCCUUCGUCGACCUUAAGAUCGAAGCGCCUUUUGAAUCCUCUCGGGAAUGAUCUAGUCGCUAAGAAUUGGAAUAAGAAAGAGACCACAACGCAAAACUACCGCCGCCUCGGCCUCGUGUCCCGCCUCAAAGCGCCGACCGGCGGCGUAGAGCCCAACCUAGCGUCGCAGAAACUCCAAGGACGAGCCACGAAGCCCGUCGACCCUUUCGCCAUCAGCCGGCCCACGGGCGCCAUCGUCAGCGAGGUGCGCGUGGAGCGGGACGAGAACGGCAAGAUCGUGCGCGUGCUCGGCGGGUCGAAGCGGAAGAAGGACAACCCGCUGAACGACCCUCUGAACGACCUCGACUCGGAUGAGGACGAUGAAGACGAAGACGAAGACGAAGACGAGGAAGUUGAAGAGUGGGGUGGGAUCGAGGACGCGGGUGGAGAUAAUAAUAAGGUCGUUGCGCAGCUGGAGGAAGAGGCCAACCGGCCUGUAAACAAAAAACCUCGGACCAUGACCAAGCGAGAAAUCGAGUGGUUGCAGAGCCUCGUGGAUAAAUAUGGCGAUGAUACUAAGGCCAUGUCGAGGGACCGUAAGUUAAACCCAAUGCAGCAAACCGAGGCGGAUAUCGCUAGGAGGAUUAAGAAAUGGAGGAGUUCUUCAGCUUGAAAAAAAGGGGCAAAGUGACAAGUGACUGGAAUCGGUGGAUGGAGUUGUUAAAUAACUGCAUUGCAAGGCGUUAUGGAUGUUACUAUUUUAGCUAGCUAAGAAGCUGGUCCUCGGUAUAUACUUCAAAAGGCAUGAGCUACCUACUACAAAGCCAUCUCUCGAGUCUACAAAGGCAUACGCAUUGUCCAGAGUAACAAAGCAACAGAGCAACACAGCAAAUCCCAGAAAUAGUAGUGUGAUACAAAGCCAAUAUGUAGGUACCCUUCCCUGCAAGGUCUAUU